AUGGUGUCAGAUCACUGGGACCAAGAACGAGAAGCAAUAGAACUUUCACAAACGAACCAGAACGCAUUUGAGGAUGAUUCUUGCGUGAAAAGUGCGUCGCAUUUUGAACAGGCUAACGAGUUUUUCGCAAAUCUUAAAGUAUUACUAGAGCGUGCUACUGCUACUAAAGAAGAACAACCACAAGAACAAGGAGAGCAUGAUAAUAAUGAAGUUGGCGAAGAUAGGAUUUUGAAGAAACUUAUAGGUCUCAUUGAUCCAUAUCAAGAACAACCGUUCUUGCUUGAUCCGCAUCUGGAGAAUAUGGUUAAACCAAUAAUCGAACUCUUGCGUACAUAUAUAAAAGAAGUUAACAUUCAGGGUGCUAUUCUUAGUAAAGCUGCACCUCUUGGUAUUACUAGUAAUAAUAGUAAUCUCACAGAGAAUCAGGAAUCAGAGACACCCGGAUCAUCAUCGCUUCACGUGACAAAAACCAUGAAAAGAUUGUUUCGAUUAUUGUACUAUACUAUGAAAAUACGCGGAUAUAAGACUAUUGUGAAAUUUUUUACGCACGAGGUAUCAGAUUUAGAGCCCACUUUCUACUUCCUGGUUGCAAUCAAUCCACGAGAUUAUGAUGCAUGGGAAACUCGUUAUGUGUUGUUGAUUUGGUUGUCGUUGAUUUGUAUGAUUCCGUUUGAUCUGAGGACAGUGGACAGUCGCGCUUUGGACAAAGAUGAUGAUAAGAUCCCGCUCGUCGAUCACAUAAUUAGCCUUUCAAAAUUCUACCUGAACGUGACUGGUAAAGAGAGGGAUGGCGCAGCGGUACUUCUCUCCCGGUUGUUGACCAGACGCGAUAUUGCUGCCGCGUACCUCACAGAUUACGUCGAAUGGGCGACCGAAGAAGCAAAAAGAAACGAAAAUGUGUUUAUCGUAAUCGGCAUUCUCGAUUCACUUUGCGCAAUAUACAAACUAGGUCAACGAUCCACCCUCCUGCCUACAGUCUCAAUCGCGUGGCCAUGUCUCUCACUAAUCGAAUCUAACAAGAAUUUUGCGAAUAACAUGCUUGUGCGAAAACUUUUGGUGAAAUUGGCGCAGAGAUUUGGAUUGUGCUUUUUGAGACCGAAAGUCGCUAGUUGGCGAUAUAAACGAGGAAAUAGAUCUCUAAGAGAAAAUUUGGCUGUCACCUCAUCCUCUUCUGCGAUAAUCACUUCGAAAUCCAUUGACCCGUCAAACAUCAAUCAGACAAUUGGACGUGGUGGAUUCGAGAGCGAAGAAGCAGAAGAGGAGGAAGAGGUACCUGAACAGAUUGAAGAGAUUAUAGAAAUCUUGUUGAAUGGAUUGCGUGACAGGGACACAAUAGUUCGUUGGUCGGCCGCAAAAGGAAUCGGUCGAAUUGCUCAGCGUCUAUCUCAAGAAUUAGCUGACGACGUUAUCGGAUCUCUAUUGGAACUAUUCUCGGAGAACACGUUUGUACGUAGUGGCGGUGUCAUUGACAUGUCAGCCGUUUCGGAUUAUACGUGGCAUGGGGCGUGCCUUGCGGUCGCAGAGUUGGCUAGACGAGGAUUAUUGUUGCCGAAGCGGUUGAAUGAGGUUAUCACGUGGGUUUCAAAGGCACUCAAAUUUGAUCUAAAACGCGGCUCAUAUUCGAUUGGCUCACACGUGCGAGACGCAGCAUGUUACGUGUGUUGGUCGUUCGCGCGUGCUUAUGCACCCGAAGUUCUCGCGCCAUAUGUUGCUGAAUUAGCGAACAGCUUGGUGGUGGUGUCGGUGUUCGAUCGUGAAGUGAAUGUGAGACGUGCAAGUAGUGCUGCGUUUCAGGAAAAUGUUGGAAGACAAGGCAUUUUUCCACAUGGGAUCGAUAUUAUUACUACCGCGGAUUAUUUUACCGUCGGGAAUCGUACAAAUGCUUUUUUGGAGAUUAGCGUGAAGAUAGCAAAUUUCCCAGAAUACCGUAAAUAUCUCAUCGACCACCUGAGCACAAUCACCGUUGUCAACUGGGACAAACAGAUGCGAGAGUUGUGCGCGCAGGCUUUGCAUAAUUUAACAAGACUGGAUGUCGAGUAUAUGGUGAACACUAUUUUGCCGCGUUUGGAAAUUGCCACCGUCACCAAUUCAGUUACAGCAAAUGCAUUCGUUGACUUUGGCUCAGAAAUCAUAUGUCAAGCAACCGCGCACUACGUAGCAUGUUUAGCGCGUGCUACGUGGCCCGUGACCAACGAAGUUCUGGUUGGUUGGAAAAAUGUGGUGCAUGAUUUACUCGGGCGUAAAGACGAAGUUGGACAAAAGAUUGCUGUGAGAGCUGUUGAAGCUCUUGUUGAACAGUAUGGAAUUACGUUGGAUGAGAUUGAUAUAUAUCUUUUUUUGCUCACUUUUAAUUUCAACCUCUUCAAUAAUAUUUUUUUUGGAAAGAUUGUGAAAUAUGUAUAUAUUUUCCUUGAUUUGUUGUUCUUGCUGUUUUACACAUAUAUCAAUAAUGCUCAUCCGUCAAAGAAUCGGUAUCGUCGCCGGGGAUACACUCUGGCCCUCGGUGUCCUCGAUUUCCCGAAAAUUCCUGAACAUUUGGAGCGGGUUAUUGAUUCAUUGAUUUUAACAUCGACAAUACAGGAGACAAAACCGUGGAACGAUGCAGAAACCAGAAGAAAUGCCAUUAUAUCAUUGACGAAUAUUCCAAAAAAAUUAGGAUCUUCGUUUAAAAAAGUUGCAAAUAAACAAAUAUUCACAAAAUUUAUCGAAGCAUUUUUCACCGGCUUUGAAGAUUACAGUACGGAUUCACGUGGUGAUGUCGGGUCAUGGAUUCGCGAAGCUUCUAUUUUGGGAUUGGCUUCGCUUAUACCAUUUAUCGUGAAAUUGGAUAUACAAGGAACUAAUAAUGAUGAACAUUGGUGGACCGAUGAAUUAACGAGACGUGUUUUUGCGUGUCUGUUGAAACAAAGUGUUGAAAGAAUUGACCGAAUACGUACUUGUGCUGGAAAAGUUUUGGUUGGAUUGUUGUAUGAGAAGAGAGAAAAUAGUAGUGUUAGUGAAGGUGAUUGGUUGUUGAAUAUGCCGGGACGAGAUUUUCUACAAAGGGUUUUGCCAAGAGAUGAGGAAAUCCAUUGGGCUAAUCCUCAAGAUUUAUAUUCGCGCAUGGUAAAGCUACUCGGAUUAAAAGAUUAUCGAUUCGAAUUGCUUACCGGGUUAAUAUUAGCAGCCGGUGGAAUGACCGAAUCAUUGAUACGAUAUUCAAGUAGCACGUUAAUCGAGUACGUGGACUCACUUCCACUUUCACCUCCAUCAGCAACAUCAACAGCGAUAUCAACUAGUAUUACGCUACUCGAUUUUGCGAAUUCGUUAAUAGAGAUUUAUCGUGUGCACGAGCGACAAGAUCGCGUGAUGUUGCCGCUGUUGGAGGCGACGGAUCUUCUGUUUGAGACGGGGAAAUUGCAGAAACUUCUUGGUGUUGCUGGUGGUAGUAAUAACAGCGAACAGCAAGGAGGAGGUGGAUUCAGUUUUCAAGAGCUAUUCGAUCGUACGCAAAAAGAAUGCGCAAAGUCUCGUGAUGUACGCAAAAUUUCGGCCUGUGUGAAGGUUUUCUGUGGAUUCGUCACACUUGGCGCACCGUAUCGAAAUAAAGCUUUAUAUCAGCUAUUAGGGUUUUUGGUGCAUCCUUUUCCAAUGAUUCGUCGAACAACAGCCGACCAAUUAUACUUGACAUUAACAUCCGAAUCGGUCGGCGAGGAAGAUGUUGAAAUGAAAGAUGACGAGGAAGGGGAGUCUAAUGAGAACAAUUCGUGGGUACAAGUUGAGGAUAUUUUGGCAAAUACUAAUUGGGAUGACCCGAUUCCGAAUUUAAAAGAGACCCGUGCACAAUUGUACCCGAUUCUUGGUAUUUUGCCUCCUAAAGUUAUCAGCACUAAUGGUACUACUUCAGGAACUAGUACCACAACGACAACAGUUGAAACCACCGUUAUUAGUAGUAAUAAUCAAUAG